AUGGCUUUAAACAGAGGCUACAAGGAAUGGAUAUUAAAAGUGAUUCUUUUCUGCGUAGUUCUAUUCUCUUUAAAAACAUUGAUCAACUGGCCAUUGUCAUUGGAGUUUAGAACUCCCUUUAAAACAAGAAGUGGACGACUGUCACAUUUAAUUGCAGAAGAUGGCACAAAUGAUAAAACAGUUAACACUUGGUCUGGGACAAAGACCCUGAGUGACGAGGUUAACAAGAACCAAAGUACAUCGACAAGUGAAAAACCAAAUAAAAUAAUUUCUGUGCAAAACAGUUCAAAAAUUGAGGCGAAAAAUAUUUAUGGUUUAGACUGUCCUGGUAAUCCUCAUAAGCAAACACUUACGUACUUGUUUAACCACUGGAUCGCUUUAGACAAUUAUUAUAACUUAUCUAGCUUUUUGUGUCACGGUUCUCUUAUUGGUUCGUUAAGGGAUGGAGACUUAAUACCUUAUGAUCGAGAUAUUGAUGUCUGCAUAACGUGGACAAAUUAUCAAAAACUACACGUGAUUCGUUCAGGAAAACCUUUUAAUUAUCAUUCCAGUGGAAUAUUCCUUGCAGUGCAAGAGGACUUCUCGAACAAUGAUGUACGUGGUAGGACUCGGGUAGAUUGUAAGGGACGUAUAGUACAGCGAGCACGCGAUCCCUGCUCUUUCACGUUUCCAGGAGCACGUUUGAUAUCUCGUGAGAUUUACAUUGAUAUUUUCGUUUUUCGCGAGCACGGAAAACAUUUAAGGGAUCACGAAUACAAAAAGAAAUUUCUGAAGAAAGAUAUAUUCCCAUUACAAGAUUGUAUGUUUAUGAACGUCCAAGCAAAAUGUCCGCGCAAUGAAAAACCAUUGUUACUAGGCUAUUACAAGUCUGACGUUCUUACAAAGCCACAUUAUAAAUGUAAAAACAAAACCUGGGUGGCAACUAGUAAAGACGCAAAGAAACAAUGGAAAAUAUGGUAUAAUAAGAGGCUAGAAAAACUUAUGAACUCUCAAAAACAGUUAGUAACAACAUGAUUAAGAAAUCAGGAGGGGAAUGAGUAAUUAUACCAUGCAAAAGCUAGAGUUUAAUAUGUUUACCCUUGUUCUAGGAGGUGUAAGAUCGAUGAUAUACUCAUAACAAAUUCAUAUUGUGUAACCAGUUUGAUCCUUAUUUAUGCCUCCAAGA